GGUAACUCGGAAGUUUCUCACUUUUGAAAUAUGGCGGAAUUUACGAGUGAUCAUCUUGAAUCGUGAUUGGUCCGUUUAAAAUGUAACAGACUUUUAUUGCAUAUGUGAGUUGCGCGAGUGUAAACUAUGUUAAAAUAUAUAUUAAAAUGAAUAAUUAUAAUUUAUCGGAUGCAUCGCAUUCAGAAACGGCGUCAAAACCUGAAAAUGCAGUCCAUAAACGUCGGUCUUCUGUGUUUCAAAGUCGACUGACUGCUUUUGAUCAAUGUGAAGGGAAUGAAAACAGGGCGGAUAACAGUGAUGCAGAUAGAUGUAUUUCUGAGACUUCUCAAGCAGAAACUUUCAAUUUGGAACAAUACAUAUGCAGCCUUAAAAAUGAGAGGAAAGAAUGGAUUGAGACAUUUAGACAACGAAAAACUGAACGAAAAUGUUUGACAAAAAAGAAAUUACUUUUAGAAAGCCAAGGGCAACCUGUAGAUUUGACUACCUUGACAGAUUCCGAGGAAGCAUUUGUCAUGGCCCGUCCAAAUUAUCAGAGUAUCUGUAAGAAUAACAAAAGAUUAACAGAAAUGACAUUGAAAGUAUCAAUGUUAAAUCAUAGAGCUCACAAGUUAAAUCAAAGAUUUAUUACACAAAUGGAGAAACGACUUAGCAAAAUUACAAAAACAAUUAUGGAAAUGUCAGAAUCGUGAUCUAAGUAUCACAGUGUAGGUAAAAUAAUUAUUAUGACAAAAUUUAUUAUGUAUAUUAUAUAAAUUUUCUAUUUUUUAUUAUACCAAUAAAAUAAAUAUGUAUAUAUAUAUGUAUGUAUAUAUGCAAGGAAA